AUGGCAGUUCUAACCAAGCUUGUUGAUGCAGUGCUUUUCCUAUCCUUCCUUACCAUUGCCAUAGCUGCCCCACUGAUUGAUUCUCAAACAAUUCUCCCUUUACACCUUUAUCCCACCAUCUUGGUUGACCUGAAGAGUUGGUACACCAAUGAAUUCAGUGAUUUUUUGGUCGCUGAGAAACCCCAUUUCUUUGUUGGGCUUAUUUGGCUCGAGCUUCUGUUCCAAUGGCCUCUUGCUUUACUUUGUCUCUAUGGUCUCACAACCUCAAAAUCCUGGUACUCCACCACCUGUCUGAUGUAUGGAUCUUCCGUUUUGACUUCCAUGGUUGCAAUACUAGCUGAAAUAAUCUUGUCGAAGAAAGCAUCUGAUGUGUUGCUAAAGUUAUAUGCCCCAUUCUUGGGCAUUAGUGUCCUGGCCAUCUUACGCGGGCUGCUCUCUUCUCACCCUGGAAAAUCUGGAGCCAUUGGCCGAAGAUCUGCAUUGAAUAGGAAAAAGAGGGCUUAA